CCCGACACCCAAAUAGACUUCGGAUCCCUUGCCCUGUGCCUUGACAGCAAGCCAUUGUGGACCGCUGUUCUCAUAGCCGAAAGGACCCUUCCAUCCUGGCAUUAACGAUCAUCAACCGCGUAGGAGAGGAGUAUUAUGGACAAAUAUCAUGGUUUAAGGACCAACUGACAAGUCUUCUAACGCAGAGCGAGGCCGUGUGUCGAUAGAUGAGCGGCCUCCCGCCAUGGGCAUGCAGGAUGCGUGGGAGACGGGAGGCCAACAGGUCACCGUGGACUUCCUCCUGCCCACCGGCAUCUAUCUCAGGCUGGACGUGUCGCCCAAUGACACCAUCGCCGCCAUCAAGAAGGUGCUGUGGCGCAGUGCGCGGAGCGAGCCCCUGUAUGGCGCGCUGGGAGACCCCGACGCCUACGUGUUCACCUGCAUUAACAAGACGGCGGAGCGCGAAGACCUGGAGGACGAGGCGCGGCGGCUGUGUGACGUGCGCUCCUUCCUGCCCAUUUUGCGGCUGGUGGCCCGCGAGGGGGACCGCGUGGAGAAGCUCAUCAACGCACAGAUCUCCCUGCUCCUCGGGAAAGGUCUGCAUGAGUUCGAGGCCCAGAAGAACCCUGAGGUGAACGAGUUCCGCAGCAAGAUGCGUGCAAUGUGCGAGGAGCGGGCUCAGGAGCGACAGGCGCUGGCCUGGCACGGCUGGAUGGAGUACAACUUCCCCUGCGACCUGGAGCCCUGUGCCACGCUCGCACACAGUGGGAAGUUACGACACAUCAAGAAGAUCUUUGUCAACGUCAAAUUCGAAGCCAGCGAGGAGAGCUUCAUGCUGCAGCUGGAGCCCCAGGAUGUUCCUGCGGUGCUGGUCAGCAAGGCCCUGAAGAAGAAGGCCACGGUGUUCCGGCCCUCCAGCAAGGAGAAGCCCGAGGACUACACCCUGCAGAUCAACGGCCGAUGGGACUUCAUCUACGGGAAGUUUCCCCUCUGCCAGUUCAAGUACAUCAUCUCGUGUCUGCACGGCGGGCAGACUCCUUUUUUAAUCAUGGUCCAUCGCUCCACCAUCAGCAAGUAUCAGGAGGAGCAGAGCGGUCUGAGCAACCAGGUCACUAAGGCCCGCACCGCCUCCAAACCUCCCCCUCUGCCCCUCAAGAAGCAAAACACCUCCUCACUACGCUCCAUCCAGGAGCCCUUCUAUAUCAAGGUCCUGCAAGGCAGCAGGGUGAACGCGGACGAAGGCAUGAAGCUGGUGGUGCAGGCGGGUCUGUUCCAUGGAAGUGAGUUGCUGUGUAAGCUGGUGUCCAGUACGGAGGUGGCCGUGUGCUCGGAGCCCGUGUUUGACCAGAAGCUGGUGUUCGACAUCAGCGUGGGGGACCUGCCCCGCAUGACACGCCUCUGCUUCGCCCUGUACACCGUCAUCGCCACCACCAAGAAGGCUCGCUCCACCAAGAAGAAGAGCAAGCGCGCCGACUGUCCUUUGGCGUGGGUCAACACCAUGGUCUUUGACUACAAGGACCAGCUGAAGACUGGAGAGGUGUCUUUGUCCAUGUGGCCAUCUGUCCCAGAUGAUAAGAGUGAUCUCCUGAACCCCAUGGGUACGGUAGAGAAGAACCCCAAUAUUGACAGCUCAGCCUGCCUUCUCAUUGGCUUCCCUAUCAUUAGGCCACACCCCCUCUGCUACCCCCCUCUCGACAAGAUAAGUGACCUGGAGAUGAAUGGAGAAAAGGUUGUUGCCACAAAAGAAGAGCACUCAAAGCUCAAGGAGAUCGUGGACAACAAGAACUUCACGGAGAUCUUCGAGGACGAGAAGGAGUUGCUGUGGAAGCUGCGCAUGGAGGUGCGCGAGCGCUACCCUGACAGCCUCUCUAAGCUCCUGCUCGUCACCAAGUGGAACAAGCACGAGGACGUGGCCACGAUGGUGGGCCUUCUGCAGAAGUGGCCUGACCUGCCAGCUAUUCACGCCUUGGAGCUGCUCGACUACUGCUUCCCCGACCCACACGUCCGCUCUUUCACCAUACGCUGCCUGAGGAAACUGCGAGAUGAGGAGCUUUUCCAGUACCUCCUGCAGCUGGUGCAGGUGCUAAAGUAUGAGUCCUACCUCUAUUGCGACCUGGCCAGGUUCCUCCUGGAGAGAGCCCUGUCCAACAAGAGGAUUGGACACUUCCUCUUCUGGCAUCUCAGGUCUGAAAUGCAUGUGUCCUCUGUGAGCUUGCGCUUUGGACUGAUCCUGGAGGCCUACUGUCGAGGCAGCAUCUACCACAUUAAGAGCCUGGUGAAGCAGAACGAGGCUCUAAAUAAAAUGAAAACGCUGAACGACUUUGUGAAGUCGGGUUCUCAGAAGUCGCGUUCGCAGACCACGGAGGAGAUGAAGGUGUGCAUCAAGCAGGACGGCUUCCUGGAGGCCCUGUCUGACCUGCUGUCCCCCCUCAACCCCAGCCUCAUCCUCUCCGAGAUCUGUGCGGACCACUGCAAGUUCAUGGACUCCAAGAUGAAGCCUCUGUGGUUGAUGUACAAGAACAAGUGGAUGGCCAGCGACACUGUGGGGCUCAUCUUCAAGAAUGGAGACGACCUCCGGCAGGACAUGUUGGCGCUGCAGAUGAUCCAGCUGAUGGAUGUGCUGUGGAAGAAGGAGGGGCUGGACCUCAGGAUGGUUCCGUACGGGUGCCUCUCCACGGGCAACAAGACGGGCCUGAUUGAGGUGGUGAAGAACUCGGACACCAUCGCCAACAUCCAGCGCAACAACAGCAACAACGCCGCCACGGCCGCCUUCAACAAGGACGCCCUGCUCAACUGGCUCAAGUCCAAGAACCCUGGGGACAAACUUGACGAAGCCAUCGAGGAGUUUACACUGUCCUGUGCUGGUUACUGUGUAGCUACGUACGUCCUGGGCAUUGGAGACCGCCACAGUGACAACAUCAUGAUAAGGGAAACAGGCCAGUUGUUCCACAUUGACUUUGGGCAUUUUCUGGGGAACGUCAAAACCAAAUUUGGGAUCAGCAGGGAGCGGGUGCCUUUCAUCCUCACGUACGACUUUGUGCACGUCAUCCAAGAGGGCAAGAACAGCAACAGCGAGAAAUUUGACAGGUUCCGGGAUUGCUGUGAGCAGGCCUAUAAGAUACUGUGCAGGAAUGGCAUCCUGUUCGUCAACCUCUUUGCCCUGAUGAGAGCGGCUGGCCUCCCUGAACUCAGCUCCUCCAAAGACAUCCAGUACCUGAAGGACUCGCUAGCUUUGGGGAAGACCGAGGAAGAGGCACUGAAGCAUUUCAAAGUCAAAUUCAACGAAGCUCUGAGAGAGAGUUGGAAGACCAAGGUCAACUGGAUGAUGCACAGUCUUGCCAAAGACAACAGGUGAUGGGACAGACAGAGGACCGGUCUUCUAUGGAGCCAUAUCUGAACGACAAUUGCACUGCGGUCUCUGUAAGUCUGGGUGGGUCCUGGGUGGGUGAGAGACAUACUGAGACAGGCCCCAGACCGUUACCAAAUUGACAUGAAUUUCCCCCACAUCUUGUUGAGUCAAGUACUGAAUUUUGUUUUUAUUGUUAUUGCAGCCAUAUACAUGGUACACAAUGAGCCGGAACAACAUUUCACGUGGAACAUUUUGUGAAACACACACAUACUAUUCAAAACUUACAGUUGUCAUUAAGCAUAAUCUGUGGUCAUGAAACUCCACCACUUUUCUCUGGAUGCCUUAACUUUUUUCUUUUAAGUAUAAUUUUAUUGAUACUAUGUCAUCCAAACUAGUGCUUUUCAACAUUAUAAAAAGUUUCAGCUCAUAACGGGUGACAAAGGUCUGUUUUCUUGACUCUACUGACAUCUGCUGGUAUGCCAGAGUUAGUGCAGUUAAAACGGAAACGCCAAGUCGUAUUCACACAAACACAUGUACUGAGUGCCUACUGUAUUUAUUUUCUUAUUUAUUAAUAUGUAGGUUUGUAAAAAAAAAAAAAAAAAACAUUUUCUUAGUCUGAUUCACUAAUGUGAAAAUUAAAUUAGGUUUUUAGAAGUCUUUCAACGAUGUCAAAAUCAGCACUGAGAUACUGAAUUUCUUGGAAGCUCCUCCACCAAAAUCAUCAAUCCAACCAACUAACCAAAUUCACUCAGAUGUACACACACAUGCCACACACAUAGGACUAGUGGGAAAUUGUGUCAAUUUGAUUGACUUAAGUACAGUAUGAUUGUUCCUUUAAGACCCACUUUAAUUUACUGAAUGUUUACAAGAUUCCAUGAGUAUAUGCGCUCGUGGAGUAGCCUAUUGUGUAUAUUUCUUAGAAGGACCACAGAACUUAAAUAAGCCAUUAGAAACUGAUCAGACUUGAUCACACUGGACGGUGUGGAUUGCAAUUAAAUUGUGAAGUGUAUUUUUAAAAGAUUGUACCCCAGCCAUAAAUUGAACGUAAAAGGAUGACCACUAUGUUUAUUACUCUGUGUAAAAAAAGAAGAAAUGCAAGCUAUAAUGUGUGGGUUUAAACACAUGGAGGUAAAGACAAUGUUUUAGUGACACAUUAAAAGUGUUCUUUUUAUGGUUUACAUUUAUGUUUUUCUAUGCUUUUAUCUUGUUUGUGGGUGUUUUAAUAUAUUUGGUUGUAUGUGUUAAUGACAUGUUGACAUGAUACAUUUUGUAUUUGUGUCACUUCUGCUUGGAAGAGGCAAAAAAAACAUGAAGGUAUAUGUAUGUGCUAGUAAUUUUGCCUUGGAAUUUAUUUUUAUUUUUUUCAAUUGCCUUAUAUGAGCCUUAUGUGUUUGACGCUUGAGCCUUGAAAGAAGCAUAAUACACGAAUGUCUUGAGUAAAAAGGCUUUUUCUGUGAAAUGUCGAUUUUCAAAUGUACAACAGGCCAAUGCCUGUCGUUGUGCUUUUUUGUGGUGAACUGAAGUUUGCAGACAUAACGCUACAGUUCUGAAUAUUCCACCUUUAACCUGCUACAGCGUAGGCUUGCCAACAGUUGCUGUGUACAGAAUGACUAAUGGUGUGUCUGGGGCCUGAAGGUCUUUGCACACCAAGCAAAGUUUUUCGAACGUGUUCGCGUCACAAGGUCACAAAAUUGCGUCGCACCCGGUGUGCAUACUUUUUUGCGAAUAAUUCGCCCUGCGUUUAAUUCGCAAAAUCGCAUCACAUGUUCGCAUCGCGUCUGGUAUGCAAAAGCCUUGAACAGUAAUUUGGAGUUUACCCACUCCAGGAUUCCUUUUUAGAUUGGGAGUAAAAGUAUCUUAUACAGAGUUCGUUUUUUGCUGAACUUUGGAAUGUUGACCAAACCAAACCGUUAAAAGCCUAAAAUUGCCUUUUGCACACUGACCUAAUAAUGUGUCUGUGAUUUCAAAAAGGUGUUUGGUCAGACCAGUUAACAUUAGUGUAUUACUUUGUAAUUAUUCAUGAAAAAAUCAAACAUGAGAAUGGGCCACAUACAUUUGAAAAAUAAACAUCUAUAAUUGCACACUGAUCUCUAUAAUGAUAGUAGUUGUAUUCAAUAUGCUUUUUAUGAUUUGGCUUGAGUCUUAAAAGAUUCCAAGAUUUCUCAUGCAGAGCGCUAAAAUAGUACAGUACAACCUUAGUAACUAACCUUAACAUUCAGCUUCUUCACAACUUCUACUGAUGAGAUGGCAGCUUACAACCUUGGUGACAGCCCUGCGCUACUGACAUGGCCCCAGCUAAUCCCUGCUGUAUAUGACACCUAAACCAACGUGUGUGCGCUAUUAGGCUAUGCAUUGUCAGUCAUCAUACUCGACUAUUCAUUCUGUGAAAUCUGCAGUGAGCAGGCGGUUCAUGACGGUACAUUAUUUCACUUGUGAGUGCCUCCCACUGAGUUCUGGUUGAUGUCAUGACUCCAGUACUACCGAAGAGGGUGGUGGGUGCUGCGUUAUAGAUCAGUGGCAUUGGUCUACCUCUUGAAAACAUUAUUCAGGGCAAGUAAAUGAGGUUGAAAAUCACUGAUGAGAUUCAUACACUGGAGCGCUCAGUCUGUUUUUAGCACUGUAUUGUUCCAUUUAUGCACUUGUAAGCUACUGUUAUGUGCCUAUGCAUUUUAUUUAUGAUUUGCUCUUUUUGAACUCACCCAUGUAAGACUAUGUACAUACAACUCCGUAAUAUACACCGCCCAGGUACACACUCUGACAUUAGCCUGUACAGUAAGGACAUGUAGUAAUAAACAGUGUCUGACGACGUCUGACAUUAGAAAUAAGUUGUUUCUAAUCAUUAUAAAUGGUAUUUAAAUCAGAAACGUUUUGUGCUAUUUUUUAUUAUUAUUUUCCAUUUUGUUUUAUUGAUUGCUGGAUGACGUGUUACUGUAUUGAUCCCUUGGUUAUUGGCUCUGUUACUCUUUAUUUUAUGGUCCCUGUUAUAUAGUGUAGAAUAAGAGAAAAAUGUUGCAUCAUGCAUAAACAACUUCGUAAAUGUUGUGAAGUUAUUCAUGGUUUGACGUUUUUCCCUUUUAUUCUUCAGUUUAUGUGUUGGUCAGCACCCUAAAUGAAGUAAACAUCUACCUGGGUGAAGCCUGCUCCAGUCCUCCUAAUGCCAUUUUAUUAAGUUUGUAUCAUGAGGAUCCAUGCAAUAAAGUGGGAUGCAGUAACAUUGCAUACAUGCACUGUACCUUUGGUAUAAGGAUUAACAUUGGAGGUACAGGAAACGAUAUAAAAAUGCAGUGGUAAGUAAGUCAACACUGCUCUGAGAAUAUGGUCCCAAUCUAUUUUGUGUUGAUUCAACUCCUUGAGUGUUGUUGACUAAAUAGUAUAUGGCCUUAGUAUAUGACUGAAUUGAACACUGUUGUAGAACGUACAUGUAUAUGGCUGUGAAGUGUCAAUUCAACAGUUGAAGAGUAGAGUUUAACAUUAACAUUUCAUGGGACCACAUAUUCUCAGAAUUGUGUUGAUUCAUUUAACACUGCAUUUUGUAGCCUGUGUUAGUGCAAGUACAUAAUGUGACGUGUUACAGCAAUGAAAGAAAAAAACAGCAACAUACAGGGACCAGGAAAAUAAAUUGUCUCUAUUGUCACUAUUCUUAGUCUCAUUGCCCUUCCCAGGAUAUUGCCCAGACUGGUAGGAGGAUGCUUUCUUCAUUUUGUUUGGAUGCUGUGCAAUAUGAUGAGAGGGGGUGGGGUGGACAGGGAGCAGAGCUAUACUAUAUUGGCUUUGAUAUCGGAAACCUUUUGUGGAUGUGUGGGGUUGUACAGGGUAAUGCAAAAGACUUUUGUACUUCCUGUCGAUGGUCAAAUCAAGCCCAGAUGAUCACUUAAGUCUCAUCAUGGUUGGUGAUAUAAAUAAAUAUCGAAAUAAAUAUAUAAAUGGGGGCCAUAUGGGGUGGGGGUUGGUAGGGCGAAAUGGGAGAAAGCAGGAGUGAGGAUCCAUUGUUAUCAUUCAUUGAAGAACAGCACAUUGAUUGUGCAACUGUACUGAUACUGUACUGAAAUGUGUCAAAUAAAACUGCUGUAAAAUGCCUACAAAAUGCCUACAGCCUGCUUACUCUGUGUAAUGGAUAUUUGUUAAUGGUUGAUUAGAAGGACCACAGAAAGAAUACAAUGUAGCCUAUGUUAUGUUUGUCGCCACGCCGUGUGGCUGAUGGUUGUAAUUGUAAAUGAAUAAUUGAGAAAGACCCCAAGAAUAGCUAAUGCUAAAAGUAAAAGCUAA